UGCAGCAGCAGCAGCAGCAACAUUGAACUUGCAGAUAGAGGGAGAGAAGAAAAAAAAGAAGCAGACUGAACAGACUGCAGAAGGAGCUCAGUGCUGUUACCGCCGAGGCUGCCGUAGCUGUUUCUCUCAGCUCUCACUCCAGGCUUUACGAAAUGUACAUCAGACGUGGAUUGUUUCCCGAUUUACUGAAGAGGUUCUGGUGAAAAGGAGUGGUCAGGGACGGAGAUCAUGAUGCACUUAUAGGUUCGACGUCGCCUUGAACGCAGCAGCGCAGCAGCAUCGCCACAGAGCCUCAACGUGCGGUUGAUUUCCGAAGUUUGUGUCUAGCGGGCGGAUGAUUCUCAUCUGAUUGCUCAACUAUCUGGAGAGGACUGCAGACGGGCAAACGCUGCAUUGUGGCAACCGAAGACGCCGAUUCCUGCCCGAGGAUUGCGCAAUCCGCUCUCCCCCAAAAAUGUCAUCUCAUGCGAAAGUCAAGAAGGACAAAGAGAUUAUUGCCGAGUAUGAGACACAAGUGAAAGAGAUCCGUAACCAGCUGGUGGAGCAGUUCCGUUGUCUGGAGCAGCAGUCUGAGUCCCGGCUGCAGCUGCUGCAGGACCUGCAGGACUUCUUCCGUCGCAAGGCCGAGCUCCAGCUAGAGUACUCCAGAGGCCUGGACAAACUGGCCGAGCGCUACUCUGCUAAGAUCCGUACUUCAAGAGAGCACCAUCACUUCAAAAAGGACCAGAAUCUCCUAUCCACUGUUAACUGCUGGUAUUUGGUCUUGGACCAGACCAGGCGGGAGAGCAGAGACCACGCCACUCUCAGCGACAUCUACAACAACAACGUCAUUGUCCGUCUGGCACACGUGGGCGAGGAUGUCAUCAGACUCUUCAAAAAGAGCAAAGACAUCGGGGUGCAGAUGCACGAGGAGUUGGUGAAAGUCACCAAUGAGCUCUACACCGUGAUGAAGACCUACCACAUGUACCAUACUGAGAGUCUCAGUGCUGAGAGCAAGCUGAAGGAGGCAGAGAAACAGGAAGAGAAGCACAUUGGCAAGGCCAAUGACACUGGUUCUCAUCUGCUGCGGUAUGGUCAUGAUGAACGUUCACAGCGACGGAGCUCCGUCAAGAAGAUGGAGAAGAUGAAGGAGAAGAGACAAGCCAAGUACUCUGAAAACAAGCUGAAAUGCACAAAGGCCCGGAACGACUAUCUUCUCAAUCUGGCAGCUUCCAAUGCCCUGGUGGCCAAAUACUACAUCCAUGAUGUCUCAGACUUGAUAGAUUGUUGCGACUUAGGUUUCCAUGCAAGCCUGGCACGCACUUUGAGAACCUACCUGUCUGCAGAGUAUAGUCUGGAGACUUCUCGCCACGAAGGUUUGGACUUGCUGGAGGGAGCAGUAGAUGCCACGGACACCAGAGGAGACAAGCUGAAGUUCAUGGACGCACACAGCCAUUUCUUCUGUCCUCCAGCACGCUUUGACUGUCAGCCACACAUGGGGGAUGAGGUGUGUCAGGUGAGUGCACAGCAGCCUGUCCAGACAGAGCUCCUGAUGCGCUACCACCAGCUGCAGUCUCGCCUAGCCACGCUGAGGAUAGAAAAUGAAGAGGUGAGGAAGACUCUUGACGCCACCAUGCAGACCCUUCAGGACAUGCUCACCGUGGAGGACUUCGAUGUUUCGGAGGCCUUCCAGCACAGCCAAUCCACAGAGUCGGUCAAAUCGGCUUCCUCUGACUCCUACAUGAGCAAGGCAAACAUUGUGAAGAGACGAGCCAAUCAGCACGAGACUGAGGGCUUCUACUUCACUAAAUACAAGGAGUACUUGAAUGGCAGCAAUCUCAUUAUCAAACUGCAGGCCAAGCAUGACCUUCUGAAGCAGACACUGGGAGAAGGGGAGAGGGCUGAAUACGGAACAACAAGGCCCCCCACUCUUCCCCCUAAACCCCAGAGAAUGCGGAAGUCUAGACCUCGCUCCGUUUUUAACCGUAAGCUGUUUAACGGCAAUAUGGAGGCCUUCAUUCAGGACUCAGGGCAGCCUAUACCAGUGGUGGUUGAGAGCUGCGUUCGAUACAUCAACCUGUAUGGUCUUCAGCAGCAAGGUAUAUUUCGAGUUCCAGGCUCCCAUGUCGAAGUCAACGAUAUUAAAAAUGCGUUUGAAAGAGGAGAGGAUCCACUGGUGGAUGAUCAGGACGAUCAUGACAUCAACUCUGUGGCAGGCGUUCUUAAGCUCUACUUCAGGGGGCUGGAAAACCCGCUGUUCCCUAAAGAGCGUUUCCUCGACCUCAUAUCCACAACCAAGCUUGAUUUAGGCGCAGAAAGGGCUCAUCACCUUCAGCAGAUAGUUGUGACUCUCCAGCGGUCCGUGAUCAUCGUCAUGAGAUACCUGUUUGCAUUUCUAAAUCAUGUUUCUCAGUACAGUGAUGAGAACAUGAUGGACCCCUACAACCUGGCUAUUUGCUUUGGCCCCACAUUGAUGCCAAUACCAGAUGAUCAGGACCCUGUGUCCUGCCAGGCGCAUGUUAACGACAUCAUUAAGACCGUUAUCAUCCACCAUGAGGUCAUCUUCCCGGCCCAGCGUGAGUUGGACGGACCUGUGUAUGAAAAGUGCAUGGCUGGUGGGGAAGAGUACUGUGAAAGCCCCCACAGUGAGCCAGGAACUCUUGACGAGGUAGACAAUGGCACCGGACCCAACACUAGCGAUGAAGAGUUGGAGCAGAUCGAGGCCAUUGCAAAGUUUGACUACGUGGGCCGAACUCCGAGAGAGCUUUCCUUCAAGAAGGGAGCCUCUCUGUUGCUCUACCUGCGAGCCUCUGAGGACUGGUGGGAGGGCCGACAUAACGGUGUGGAUGGGCUGAUUCCACAUCAGUACAUUGUGGUACAAGACAUGGAUGAUGCAUUCUCGGAUAGCGUUCAGAGGACUGAUAGUGCGGCCAGCAGUGGACCCCACCACGAUGAAAGAGCCUUGUCCAGAAAUGACCGCCGAUCUCCUCCAAGUGAACACACACCUGAGCGCCAAUUUGGAGCAGCACUGGGAAGGGUGAGGGUGCGAUCAGAUGGAGCUGCAGGUCCGCGCCACAGGAACGGCGCUGACGGUCACAGCCCCACCAGAGCUGCAGACCAGCCCCCUAGGGUUAUGCCUCGGCCCUGCAGCCCACACAAAAUAGCAGUUCACAGGGGCCCAACAGACAGUCCGGAGAAACGACGUCUCGCCGCAUUUGGCAGUGCUGGCUGCAUCAACCACUCCGACAGAAGGGCCUUCGUGGACAGCCAUUCUCAACGAUCUUCACACAGCACCACUCGGCACGCGAGCUUAGGAGAUCACAAAACUCUUGAGGCUGAAGCACUUAAUGAGGACAUUGAGAAAACGAUGAAUACAGCUCUCCAUGAGUUGCGUGAGUUGGAGCGACAGAAUGUAGCCAAACAAACCCCCGAUGUUGUUUUGGACACAUUGGAGCCCCUGAAACACGCUGGUGGAGCCCAGGAUCCGCCUGGCAGCCCUCUCCACACCAUGGUAAUCAGGGAUCUAGAUGCAGCCCAGCGACGUAGCAGCAGCACCUCCUCCGAGACCAUGAGCACUUUUAAACCUGCUAUAUCAGCACGUAGACCGAGUGCACCUCUAAGGCCCCCGCCUGUCAGACCUGUGCGGCCUGCGCCUGUGAUUGGACAGGGCCAGGGACCACACCGCUCCAGCAGCUCCAGUUCCUCUGGUCUGGGCAGCCCAGGCAUCACACCCACUGACAGGGUCUUUCCCAAACCCCCCUCCCCAUCACCAUCCACCUCCUCCUCAUCCUCAGACAAACUAGGUAACAUGUAGCUCCAGUCAGUCGCAAGUCAAGUGGUGGAAGAACACUGUGGAUACCAAGUGAUUGUGAUUACCAUCAUGCCCCUGUACCUCUUUUUGACCGCAAAAGAAACAUUGACACCUGGUCUGUAUAUUCUUCUGAAGUGUAGGAUGGCUACUUCUGGUUUCUGACAACUGUGCUCCCACGCAUUAACUUGUGUAUAUGUACUGCAUUACAAUAUUACACAGAAAUAGGAUAUAAAUCUACUAGAAUAAUUGUAUAGAAUGCUACCGUGCUAAACAGCCGUGCUGGAUAAAAAAGGGAUGCACUGGAAAAUGCUUCUGUUUACUGAAAUCUGACAAUGAAAAUCUCAUGUUAUGAGGUUACAAAAAUGCUGUUGAGCUUGGAUUGUGUGUCUGGUUUUAUGUUCCAUUAUGAGGGAACACUUAUGGUAAUAUUACACCACUAAUUAUCUAGACAUCCAGUCUGUGCUGCUGGUUGAUGUAGUCUAUUAAAACUAAAAAAAACUCCUUAAGCACCAUUUUCCUUAGAGAGCCUGUCACACAAUGCAGCCAAUAUAUACCAACCAGCAAGUAUGGUUUCAAGCAACUGGCAGAUACGGUGGCUGUGUCUGAAAUCACUCUCUCUUUACUAUGUCGAGCACUAUAUUAACUCACCGCCAUUUUAUUUCAGUGUAUGAAUUCUGCGUGGGAAAUUAACUUCUAGUGUAUGGUGGCCUUAAAAAAAUCGACUAUUGGAAUGAAAGAAAUUUGUGUGCAUGGCAUGUUAAGUCUUUUCUGCCAACAAUCCCACAAUGCAAUACAUCACUUUUUACAGAUGCAAAAGUUUGAGUUUUACAUUACACCCGUUAGUGAUAACGCAAACUGUUGCUAAUUCAUAAGUGUUUGACAUAUUUAGUGUUCAUUACAUAGUAAACUGUUCUGUUUCAUUGGGAGGUGUGAGCGAGGAUGAUUUUAGACACAGCCAUGGAUGAUUAGUAAAACCAGGGUAGAAGUGGGUUAAGUUGUUCUUCUAAUGGCCGGUAGAUGCUCACUCCAAGGAAAUUACACUCCACGCAAAUCCAACCUGAGGAUACUAAAGGAGGACGACGACAGUCUAAAAGCAACUUUUAGACAACACCAACUGUCACUGGGAUUGAUUUUUUUCUACAAUUUUUUUUUUUUUUUUUUUUUUUGCAGAAUAGGCAUCACUAGCCAACAGCCUGGGUGCGAGCCUGGUUAACUGGUUGCAGUCGGCAACAACCUGACACUCUGCUUCUCUUUGUUGCAUUUUCUCAGCAGUGGACCAGGACUGGUACAAACUCUUUGUGACUCUGAUAUUUGAUAAUAUUUGCUGCAUGCAAGCUGUUCCAAAAUGUACUUUUUAGGAAACAAAAAUGAAACUUAUUUCAGCCAAAACUAUAUUUUUCAUUUAUCUCCGAACAGCUCAGUGGAUGACAGAUGUAAAUCAGGCUGCAGGGCCACACAGUUACACAGAGAACAUUAACAUCUAUUGUGGACUUCAUAGACAUGCCACCCUUAUAACUAAUACACAGAAAGAAAGAAUACAAUCGGCAAAAUGUUCUUGUAAAAUAUAGUAAUCUCUCUAUAUACAAAUUUUAGAUGUUACCUUAAUAAACAAGUGACAUGUUCUCCUACAAUUCAAGUAAAUAAUGCACUUAAACACACGACGGGGAACUGUGCUGCAUUUGUAGGUUCUGUUUGUUAAUUUUGAUGACGUACUAGAAACAUGACGUAGCACAUCGGUGUCAUUGAAGCUUACAUAAUGUCUAGAUUGCAUUGGUCAGUUCAGGCUGUGUGGGUGUUUAGAUGAAUUUGUUUACCGUUGAUGUUUUUCAUCCGUCUUAAAAGGAUAAUCAAUACUAUAUAUCUUAAAGUGUAAAAGGUACUUUGGAUCGAAUAUAUACAUACUGUUAAAGGAUACUUGUAUAAAUAUCAUUGUAUGAUAGGAACAGGAUAUAUUAUCAUGUCUAGUCUGUAGAUUUUUGUUACUCUUAUCCUCGCACAAACAUUAACAAAACAAUAAAUCAGUGAAACCUCACAGAAACUUCUUGUGUUAUUGUCUUGUGACGUUCAAUAAAAAGGGUUUCAUGGAGGUGACUGCAGAUUAACAGUGGCCAGUGAUAGUUAUGGUAGUGCACCAUAUUCAUAUCCAUAGUCCUUGUUAUACUGACAAUCUGUGGUGAAAAUUUGCAUGAACAGCACAACUCAUUCAUACAUGCACU